AUGUCAGAUGCAACGAGUGUUUCCACGAAAGAUCCUAAAAUGAAAAUUGAACCACUAGAUUUUUCUAUAGAAGACGUUAAACGAGAAAAUGAUGAUGAAUUUGAUGGUAUUAAUAAACCUGAAGUCGAUAAAAAAUGUUUACAAAGAUUUAUGAAUUCUGAAGUAACGAUUGAUGAAGAAGUUAAACAGGAAUUAGAUCUUGAUAAUACCAAAGAAAAACUUUUGAAGGUGAAUGAAUCUGUUAAUGGACAUGCUCAUGCUCAUACUGGUAAGGGUUGUUACAAAUGUAGAAUAUGCGAUAAGGUAUUUGGAACAUCGAGUAAUAUGAAUAAGCAUAUGCGUAUCCAUACAGGAGAACGUCCAUACAAAUGUGAAAUAUGCAAUAAGGCAUUUACAUCAUCAGAUAACAUGAAAAAGCAUAUGCGUACUCACACAGGAGAUCGUCCAUUUAAAUGUGAAAUAUGCAAUAGGACAUUCACACAAUCAAGUAAGCUAAAAAUACACAAGUUUAUCCACUCUGAAGAGCGUCCAUAUAAAUGUGAAAUAUGUAAUAACGGAUUCAAUUCAUUAACUAGUUUAAAAUGUCACAUUCAAAGUCAUACUGGAGAAUACUCCCAUGAAUGCGAAAUAUGUAACAAAAAAUUCACACAAUUAUGUAAUCUAAAAGUGCACAUGCUUAUGCAUUCUGGAGAGCGUCCAUUUAAUUGUGAAAUAUGCAAUAACGCAUUCUAUUCAUCAAGUCGUUUAAAAGAACAUAUGCGAACACACACAGGAGAACGUCCUUAUGAAUGCCAAAUAUGCAAUAAAACAUUUGCACAAUUAAGCAGUAUCAAAAGACACAUGGUUAUCCAUUCCGGAGAGUAUUCUUAUAAAUGUACAACAUGUAAUAAACUAUUCCCAACAUCAAGUGGAUUAAAACAGCAUACGCGUACUCAUACAGGAGAACGUCCAUACGAAUGUGAAAUAUGCAAUAAAACAUUCACACAAAUAGGUAGCUUGAAAACGCACAUGAUAAGUCAUUCCGGUGAGAGUUCACAUGAAUGUAAAAUAUGUAAUAAAGCAUUUCCUUCACCGACUAGUUUUAAAACUUCAUGUGCGAACACAUACUGGCGAACGCCCUUUUGA